AUGGAUACAGUUCCUCACAACUGUAAUGUGGUAAGAGGUCAGGAACCUGUUGCUAGGACCAGACCGGUGGGAGACACCCUUUCCAAACUGGCCAAACUGAUGGCCCAGAUGGAAUAUAAGCAAGAAGGGCGUUACCUAAAGUCCCAGCAGACAUGUGCCGCUAUCUGUAAGGAAUGCACUCAGGAAUUUUCUGACCUGGCUAGUCUCGCUCGCCACCAACAGAGGGACCAUGCAUUACGCAAACCCCACCGAUGCCGUAUCUGUGGCCAGGAAUUCGCUUUACUCUCCACACUCCAGUUACACAAGUGCCUGAGUGGAUCCUCAGUCUGUCAGGGCUGCUGUGGGAAACUCCAGCGAGGAGCCACCUGUUCAGUCUGUCAGGGAGAACCACCAGAGCCCCAGAGACCUGAUGAACAGUCCUACCAUUACCAGCACCGAUGUCUCCCUGACAACAGCCCCUACGCUUGUGCUCCCUGUGGCCAAGCCUUCAGUCAUAAACAGGAGCUGCUCUACCACCAGCAGGCUGGGGAGUGCCAGCCUGCGCCACUCAGCCCCAAACCGCUCGUGCCCUCUGCGGCUCUCUUUCCACUUGUCUCAGUCGCUACACCAACACCUUCCUAUGCAUCCCUUCCACCUUCACCCUCGAGGUCAGGGGACUGCAGUAGCACCUGCUCGCUUUGCCCUAGAACAUUCCGGUCCCCAGCUGGUCUGGCCAGUCAUUGGCGUGUUGCCCAUUCCGGGCACUUAAGGAGAAGGAGGAAGAGGAGGAGGCAGCGUAAGACCUUGCACAGAGACAGUGGAGAAUCAGAGGCUGAACAGGAGGAGAAAAACAAACUGUUUCCAUGUCGGUCGUGUGAUAAGGUGUUCUCCCAAACAUCAGCACUGUACCUGCACAGACGGGAGGAGCACCGGCGGGAUCCGAUGAUCCGGAAGGAACAAAAAGCAUCGGUGAAGAGUGCUCGGCAGAGAAAGAAGGGGGAAACAUAUCCUUGCUUGCACUGCGGAAAAGUGUUCCUGCACCAUCUUACACGCUGGGCACAUUUUCGUAACCACAGUACUCAUUACCAGACUCACAUGCGUGGCGUUAGAAGACCUUCCAAAGUGCCUAAACCCGGUCAGGAGUCCAAGCCAGCUAAGAGGUUCAAGUUGGCCUGUCAACCGAAACACCCCAAGGUAUGCAAAUCUAUUGGGGAGUCUGAAGUCUGUAGCAAAACUGAAAAAAAGACUAGGAGACACUCGGGUGGGAAUGCAGGAAAGCUGAAAAUUAGAAGAGACCGUAGGAGGUCCAGGGGAGAGCCUGAGAUGCAGGAGGAAGACGGUGAGUUCCCCUGCCCGUCAUGUGCGGAGGUCUUCAGUUCUCAGUCCGCACUAAAGGAGCAUGCGGAAGUGCAUCAGCCUAUGGACCCUGUCGAGCUGUGCAGUGUGUGUACCAAAGGAAUGGCCCCUUUGGAGGUCCCAGAGCCUCCUCUGAAUCGUGUCUACCACUGCGUGCCCUGUAGGCAGGCCUUCUCUGCACUGGGCACUUUUCUGCAGCACUGCCAGAUGCACCUUCUCUGUAGCGACAGUGAAGAUGAUGACAAUGAGCCUGUUAAUGACUGA